AAAUGGCGGAAAAUGAUUGAAAGGUUGAUGUGGUUGAGUUGUGUACGUAUGUAAUAUUCGCUUGAUGAACUCACGUGUCAUGUAAGAAGUGCAAACUCUGCUACUUGAAGAGAGUGUGUAUUGUUUUAAAGUGAUUUAUGAACAUUAUCGGGACGGUUGGUUACCAGAAUGAGUCAGAACACCAGUUUCAGUAGUACUGCAACUAAAAGACCACCAAGUGCAGAAAAUCAGUUCCUUCUGAAGGACUCAGCACCAAGAAAUGGGUCAACACCAAGAGGGACCAGAAAAAAUGCAGACUACUAUGAGAAGCAGCCGCUGUUUGAACGAGCAACAGCAGAACCUGUGAGACUGACUCCGGCAUGGGAAGAAACAAACCUUCCAAAUGAUGAGCUCAAUUUCAAGGGAGUAACUAUGGAACGGGCAGUUUUGGAAAUGAAUCCGCCAACGGAUAGGUUAUUGCUUGUAUAUUUUACAUUAUUGCUGCAUGGAAUUGGGACUUUGAUGCCUUGGAAUAUGUUCAUCACUGCAAAAGCUUACUUUGAAGAUUACAAGUUAGCAAAAACAGAGUAUGCUGGAAAUUUUCUGCCUUAUGUUGGCUUUGCAGCUCAAAUUCCCAAUCUUUUGUUAAACUGGAUCAAUAUCUUCAUACCAUUAGAUGCUGGAGGCAGCUUAACAACUCGAAUAGUAUGGAGCAUAUUGGUGGAAGUUGUAGUAUUCAUUAUCACUGUAAUCCUAGCAAUGACUGACUCCUCUCAAUGGCCUGGAACAUUCUUUACCAUCACAAUGAUUACUGUUGUUAUACUAAAUAUGGCCAAUGGUGUAUACCAAAACACUGUGUUUGGAAUGGCAGCAAAAUUGCCAUCUAAAUAUACUGGAGCUGUUAUUCUUGGCACUAAUGUUAGUGGCACGUUUACUGCAAUAAUUAAUGUGGUAUCUAAAAUUAUGUCUCCCAAUGAAAGAACUGCUGCCAUCUACUACUUCAUCACGGCGCUUUUUGUUCUCUUAGCAUGUUUUGAUACAUACUUUGCUCUGCCAUUGAAUAGAUUUUACCGAUAUCAUGAAUUGCUGCAUGAAAAGGAACAACAGGCAAAGAGGAAACAGAGUUUGAACGCGGUUCCUGACACGCCGUAUUUCGCCAUCCUGAAACAAUGCCUCCCACAGUGCUUUAAUGUGUUCUUUGUGUUUUUUGUAACACUUACUAUUUUUCCUGCAGUGCAUUCAGAAAUUAAAAUAUCAGACGAAAAUAAUUUCUUUACUGGAGAUCGCUUCUAUAGUGAUGUGACUUGUUUCCUAACAUUCAACAUCUGUGCAGUGAUCGGGAGUACAUUGGCCACGCGGAUAACAUGGCCAAGUCCGAAGUAUCUAGUGUGGCCCAUUGUAUUACGAGUGUUGUUCAUCCCAUUUUUCCUGUCUUGCAACUAUCAACCUCAGGUUGGGAGAGAGAUUCCUGUCCUUAUCAACAGUGAUUGGGGAUAUUGGGCAGGUGCAGCCCUGAUGGCGAUCACAAGUGGUUACUUCAGUUCUGUUGCCAUGAUGUAUUGUCCCAGGUGUGUGGAGCCACAGUAUGCAUCUACGGCAGGAAUGUUUGGUGGCGCAUCACUUAUCACUGGAAUAGUUUGUGGAAUUUUUUUCACAAUGGUGAUGCCAUUAAUUGUUAACACAACAUUUUGGAACUUUCUAUAGAAUCUCUCACAUGCUCAUAUAACUCAGCACAAUAUGUUAUGAUGAGUAUUUCUGAAGUUGAAGGAUCCUAGAAUACAGCUACUUGUGUGGUGAUGGUAUGUUUCCUGGACUGUCUUUUAUCAGAGGUGUGCAAUGGAAGUGGUGUCUGGCUGGUGGAUGGUGGUUUUUUGAUAUUUACCUACCAGCUGCUGGGCUGUGUGUGUUGCCUGACAAAGUUUCAUUUGCCAUUCAUCCCUGUCACCCAUCUUCAUAACUUCAUCAGACAUUGUGCAGGUAUUCACUUUAGUCUUACAAAACAUUGCAAUGAUCUAUUUAACAAUGUAUUUGUGAGAUUUUGGGCUCAGAUCUCAGCUUGGUGAUUGCUUGUCCUGACUGAGAUUUUUUUUGUGGUUUUCCUCAUCCUCUCGAGGCAGUGUCUGAACUUCCACUUUUUGCAUCAUUUCCAGCUAUAAUUCCAUUUGACACUAUAUUACCAAAAACUCUGUGGUUUUGAUCCACAAGUGAACUAUACUGACCAAACGACUGCUGCUUGUCGGUGAAG